GUGUUUACAUUUUGGAAUCGACGACAGGUUCUUGUUUGUCCGGGUCCACAUAUUUAUGAACUUGGAACUGUCGGUGCGUGUUCUUAUUAUUUUUGUUGCCAAAGUUGUGGUUUGAAGUAGUUUCCAGCGACCCUCGGUGCCAUGGAGCUGACGGAGAUGUACGAUAACGCUCUGCUGGGGAUCCUGCAGCAUGUCGGAAACAUCCAGGACUUUCUCAACGUUUACUUUGGCUUCUUGUACCGUAAGACGGACUUUUACCGCCGCCUGUCGAGUCCCGACGAUAAGAUGGGCUUCCCUCCGGGUGUGGCCGAGAAGAUGGUGCUGAAGACUUUUAAGUUAUUUGAGAGGGUGGCGGAAGACGACAGAGAGAGAAGGCUCAGCGAACUGCGGAAGAGACAGGAGAGUAGCUCUGUUCCCCCGGCAGGUGGAGAGCUGGAGGUCACAUCGGAGCCACAUGAGGAGACUGUAGAGGAAAGUACAGAUGAACCCAAAAUGGAAAUCGCCUCCGAUUCUGCCGUCUCAGAACCAGCUGUCAGCAGCAGUUCAGAAAAGGUAGCUGAUGACGUUGUAGCUGCAGCCACAGACGCAGCUGAAGAGAAACAGAAGACAUUUCAGGCUGACCCUGACAGUUACAACGGGGCAGUGAGGGAAAACUACAGCUGGUCUCAAGACUACACAGAUGUGGAGGUCCGUGUCUUUGUACCUAAGACAGUGGUUAAAGGCAGACAGGUCACCGUUAGCCUGCAGACUGCGGUGUCGUGGUGCGUGAGAGACGGCACAGAAGAGAAAACACUGAUAGAGGGAGAAUUCACCCAUAAGAUCAACAUGGAGAACUCCCUGUGGAGCCUGGAACCCGGACACUGUGUGGUUCUGUCACUCAGCAAGACCUCGGAGGUUUGGUGGAAUGCAGUGCUGAAAGGAGAACAGGAGAUUGAUGUGAACCAAAUCAACCGUGAGCGUUCCAUGGCAACGGUGGAUGAAGAAGAGCACGCCGUUCUGGACAGACUCACCUUCGACUACCAUCAGAAGCUGCAGGGGAAACCACAGAGCCACGAAAUGAAAGUGCAUGAGAUGCUGAAGAAGGGUUGGGAUGCCGAAGGGUCGCCAUUCAAAGGCCAGCAGUUCGACCCCUCGAUGUUUGACAUCCCACCUGGUGCAGUGCAAUUCUGAGACACACGUCCACUCUGCCAAAUGGGACACGUUGUUGACUGGAGUCCAACCGGUUCUGCAGCAGCGAGUUGUCCUGCUAGAGUUUAACAUGCGCUGUAAAGCAGCGUGAAGCUGCCAGUUUGGAUUUGUCAGGGACAUUUGGGCGGAGAUGCUGAUUCUGAUGAGGACAGGCCUCUUUUUUGUGAAACAUUUGAUGCAUUUUCAGUGUGGCACUAAUUUUUAUCACUGUUUUGCUGUGUAAAAUCUCUGCAGUGCCGCCCAAUAAAAUCAUGUUGACAUCCAAA